AUGGAGGUGGUGUCGGCGGAAGUGAACAGCUUGCUACCUGAAGAGAUCAUGGACACAGGCGCAACGCUGGAGGAAGAUGAGAACAUAGAGGCUGUAAUUGUGGGUGACACUAUGGAGAUGGAACUGGAAGGAAUGGCAAACGUAAGCUCAGGCAGGGAUUCUGUUACUUCUGGCACGUCGUCCAUCACCACAGAGACCGUCAUGGUGUCCAGCAAUUGUGUAAGCCACGUCCUAGCCAAUGCUGCCACUACAAAAGCCGGUACUAGUGUGACUGCACAACCUUCCUUUCAAGGUAGCCUCCAGAAACUUGGUACUCAGACUCCUGUCACUAUAUCGGCCAACCAGAUAAUUUUAAACAAGGCAACGGACUUGAAAAUUGGCAACCAGACUAUAAAACCAGAAGGGCAAAAGCUCAUUGUCACAACUCUGGGGAAACCUGGGCAGCCCAUUGUCCUAACAUUACCCCACAACCAGCUGUCUCAGUCGCAGAAGGCCACGUCGCAGGUGCAAGCAGGUGACUCCAAGCUGUCAGCGCAGCAGUUCAAGGUGGUAACUAUUGGAGGAAGGUCAGAGGUGAAACCUGUCAUUGGUGUUUCAGCCUUGACUCCAGGGAGCCAGUUGGUAAAUGCUACCACCCAAUCCUCUGUAUUGCAGACCCAGCAAUUAAAAGCAGUGCAGGUAAGAAGGCACACUGUUUCUCAUUAUCUUUUGUGAUAAAAUUGCUCCCAUUCAUGAUUCCCUUUUGUUGGCAGUAACGUAAGUGGAGCAGAGUAAGGCGGGGAAAGUGAAUCAAUAAGACCAGCAAAAUGUAAGGAAGAGUUAAAGUGCAAUGGAGGUGAUGAUUAUUUUUUUAUUUUUUUAAAAAAAUAGAGUUCUUGCCGAUAGAGAGGGAUGUGUAGCAGCACAAAACCAGUUAGAGGACUCUUCUUGGGGGUGGUGAUAGGUGGAAGAAGAAGGGAGCAGUUGGGGGACUGUUUCCAAGCUAAUCUGUUUGGGGGCAGUGGAGAUUGAGAGUGAAGACACUGCAGAAGGUGAGAAUGUGUGGAUUUUGGUUGUUAUUGCAUACAAACAAUAAUUCCUCUAACUGAGGGAAUGAUACUUCUUUUGCUUUUCAGAUUGCUAAAAAAACCAGGACACCCACCUCAGCCCCGGUGAUAACUAAGCUGAUCUUCACAAAACCAAUCAACAGCAAAGCUGUUACGGGACAGACAACACAAGUGUCACCGGUCAUUGCAGGUUAUAUAUUUGUGGCUUCUUGCGUGGUGCCAUUCCUAAAGGGGUGAAAUGUGAAUUGAGUCAGAUACAGGCUGGGAUCCAAUUGGGCAUAUUUUCAUGGAGGGUUUUUAGGCUCCUUUCUCUUUUACACCGCUGCCUUCUGAGUUCCCUCAAAAAAGCCAGGGGGUUCUCCAAAAUGACAUUUAGGAGUGAUUAUCAGGGGAAUCUGAUAAUUCUGCCCUUGCAUGUUCACAGAAGCACUUUAUGAGCACGCACAGGGCUCUUUGGGUCCCAGCCACAGAAUGAAUCUUGCUUCUCUUCAUCUCAUAACUUCUCAGGGAAGAUGAAAAGUGUGUCCAAGUUCAGAGUCCUAAAGAAUUUACAGAUUACGUGGGUCAUGUAAAAUGGCGCUUUCAAAACCUAACAGCAGCAUUGUUAUUUUAUGUCUCUCUCAAAUGUUCAGAUUGUGUGCACAGUGUCAACCAACUUAACCAUGUAGUAAAUGUGGGAAAGCUUGCACGCUUCAUAAAUGUGCAUUAAAAGUGUAGUGUUAUGUGCAACUGACUUGCUCUGAAGAGUUCUGUGGUUGCUGUUACUCCACUCCUGGCUACUGACUAGUUCUGUUGCUAUGGAGUCAAGAUGUUUCUUCUACUCAUCCCCCUAUGCAUUGCUGCAGUGUUUUAUCACUACUUCCUGGCUCUUUGUUGGGGAAAUAAGAUGGUUUAAACUGUUCAGACUUCUGGGUUUUUAAAAAAGAUGAGUACUACUUUUAAGCUGCAAAGUCCUCUGUUGGUUUUAAAGGGUAAAGUGGAUAAGGCUUUAGGAAUUUUAUAAAAGUGGAAAACUAAAAUAUUCACUUUACACCUUAUAAAUCAAGAGUAGCGAUGCAAGUGGACAAUACUACUCUUCCCCCUCAUCACAAACACAGAGAACCAAAAUGAAAGAAAUGUGACUAGUUUUUCACUUACCAAAAAAACAACUGAAUAUGUAAAGGGAAACCACACAGUAUCUGCUAAUAUUUUAAUGUUUAUGCAUUUUUAAACACUUGGAAUACAAAUUCAGACUAAAGAACAGCAACCCACGGAGAGAGGAAUUUCUUCAGACUUCUUUCCAUGAAACUCCAUUACUUGAGGAGAUGCCUUUUCUGUUCAGUCAUCUUACCACCUGAUCCAUCCUCCAUCCUCUUUAAAACAUAAUGUAUGGCAGGGGUGGAAAUCACAUUUGUAUUAAUACAGACAGCCAAGCAUGCAUGGUGUAGAAAAUUUUCAUCAGGUGAUAUACAUUGUUUGCUUUACUAGUCCUUUAUUUAUCAUUUAGGAUGAAAUUAUGUACCGCUCCAUUCACUUCCACAGUUGCCUUAGAUACAACUAUUGUUGUAACUCCCAUUGAAAGUGCCCAAUGCAGUGCCUCCCUAGUCAGAUUAAUUUCAGUUUAUGCAGCCUAAUAAUGUGGGAAGGACUCUUGCAAUGAUGCAACUGGCUUCUUGCUCUCUUAAGCCCUGCCCACCCUGGCUGGUGAAAACCACUUGGGAGGGGUUGAUCAGUUGUAUCCAGGGUGUGUUGAAUGCAUCUUUACAUGACAGAGUGGUGCCUUCUACUCUUAAAUAGGCAUAUGUAUUGUAGGGCCAAUUUUAUGGAACGUCCUUUCAGUUGAGGUCAGAUAGGCCCCUUCCCUACUAAACUUUUGGCUGCUACUAAAGACUUUUUUUUAAAAAAAUCCAGCAGGUAUUUUAAUUGUAGCUUGUAUUUAUAGUUUUUACUAAUUUUAUUUUUGUAUUGUAUCUUUGUAAACCGCUUAGAGACUGUUGUUGUUAAGUGGCAUAUAAAUCGUUUAAAUAAAUAAAAAAAAACCUCACUUGGGAGUAAGCUCCAUUGAACUAAUUCAGACUUAAUUUUGAGUACAUGUAUAAGAUUGCAUUGUUAAUGGCAAAGCUUGUAACAUAUAGUGCUGUAAACAAGCACUUUCUUUUGAUUUUUUCAUAAUAGCAGAGCCAGUAUUAAAGUGCCUUUAUUAUUUUUAUAUUUUUAACACUGUUGUUACUAAGCAGGAGUUGUACACGAUGGCCUAGUUUGCAUGUAAUGCUACUGUGUGGUUUAACAAACCACAAGAUGUCUCACAGACAAAUAAACCUUGGAUUGUUUCUCCAAAGUUUUCUGUUUUUCAGCUACUCUUGCCUUUGUAGCUUGAUGAAUGGCUGGGGUGGGGUGAUCAGGCAAGCCACGCUUAAGGAAAAGUGGGCUUGCAGGAAAUGCCAAGUAAUAGUUAAAACAAAUCAAGAACUAUAAGCCAACAACAACACCAUGGUUUCAGACAGUGGAUGAUUUUUUGGUAGUAAACAAGCCAUUGAGCGGUUGGUAGGCUUCACACAUAAUGCUAAGCUGUGGUUUAACAAACCACAGUUUAACAAGCCAUGGCUUAGCGUUUUGUACAAACCCAGGCCAGUCACUGCUUCAUGUGUAUUCACUGCAGUGUCCUGUGAAAAUUCAAGGCCAAAACUGUAGUCAAUACUUUUAUCAGUGGUUUUAGAGUGUAAUGAAUCUCUUCCAGGCAAAAUGCAGGAAUGUAAAAUGAAUAGCUAAUUCUGCUUGUUUCAAAGAAUAGUGUGAUCCAGCACAAUAGCAUUCUCUGAAAAUAACAUGGGUUUCUUUUCUCCGGCUAUUUGAAACAACAUUGUGGGCUGCUGUUCUUCAAGGUGUCUGCUUAUCUAAUGGAUCAGUAACUAUCCCUGUUCAGUUAGAGGGUUUGGUUUAAUUUAGACUAAAUUUGUUUUUAAUUGCCCUCAUAGUAUUAGAAAAUUGGAUUCGAUAUUCUUUAUAAACACUUAAAGGCUAUCAGUAAGUCUUCUAUGCUUCUUCAAUUAAAAAAGCAAAUGUUCCAACUAAUUUGCUUCUAUUUAUAUCCAAUGCAUUUCUGAAGUUCUGGAUAGCUUGUGAGCUAAAUGGAAGUGCUUUAUUUAUACCAAAGCUCAAAAUUGGGAUUCAAUCUAGUUAAGAGCAUGAGGAGAGAUCACUAGUAUGCUUUCUUAGUUCAUGUAGAAUAUUCUGACAUUGGUUGCUGCUUGUUCUGCAUUUCAAAAUGGCCCACAGCUUUCAAGAACUUGCCACUAAAAAGCAAGCAAUUAAUUGCCAUCAAAUUCCAUUUUAGGAACGUGCCAUAUUCUGGAAGUCUGUGGCUUUGUUCAAAACAACGAUAAAUAAUGGUUUCCUGCUACUUUUUGUCCCAGUGUUCUUCUCCCAUACACCCAAGAGGCAAAGUUUGGAAACUUUUGCCUAAGUUCACUGUGCCUUCCCAUGUCAUUCAAGCUGGGAAUUGUGGUUUAUAUAACGAUCCAUGGUCAGCUUCAAAAUAAGACAAGUUCAAACCAUCACCUAAGCAUCUUAAGCGUUUCCUUUCCUAGUUCUGGAAGUAGUUCAGAUGACAGCUUAGUAGCAGUGAGUAUACCUCCCUGGUAUAUGUAAGUGUAAUGGUUGAGGAGUGUUCUGAGCUUCCCAGUCACUACCCCCUUUAUCAUGAGGUUGAAAGGAUGGGUAUCUCUCCACCGCCCCACCCCCCAAAGUUCAUACAGCUGAAGGAGUUAGAUGGAAGAGUGGUGUUUUUUUGCACUUCCUCUUUCAAGGCCCAGAUCAGAACUUGAGUUGCUGAAUCUUUGUGGAGUGACUGAAAGCAUGGCCGGGGGGUGGGAAGGGGAGCAAACUGGGAGACUGGAGAAAGAAAACGGAUGUGGUGAUGAGGGAUGCAGGGGAGAAGAGAAUGAGCAAUGUGUGCACACAUAGGAUCCAGUUAAAUGGAACCUCCUGAAACUGCAUAAUUGGUUCACAAGUCCGUCCCCCCCAACCACUGUCAAGUUAUCCAUUGCACCUAUUUCCAUUGACAGAACGGUAAAAAAAAAUACACUUCCAGUGGUUUCCGGUGUGGCCAUUGUGCAAAAACAUGGAUCUAAGACAGUUUUAUGGAACCUCAUAAUUUCUACAUCAAAAUCAUAGGUCAGCUCUGUGUCCAUUGAUGCGUUCUUGUCAUCCUAUGUCAAAAUCAUGAAGAUUCAUGGGGGAAUAUGAGCCCUGGAUCUGUGUUACUGUGGCCCUGGCUGACAACAGAUAUGAAAUUUUUAGUGCACAUUCUACUCCCUGCUCCCGCCCAAACCACAAUCAGAUUAAAACCUAUGUCAAAUCAUAGAGAGUGGUGCCCAUGGCAAACUCUCAACAUUUCCAUAUUAUACCAAUUUGUAACUGUGGUUAGUUUCAAUGAGCCUGCUCAAGGUCAGUUAUCACGGAUUAGUUAUACUUUUUAAAUGUCCUUGGACCAUCCUGCCACAGAUCAAAGAGUGAUAAAAGGUACAUAUUCUCCCUGUCUCCCUCCCAAUUAACUGGCCCCUGCAGUUGAAGAAUCUUGGUCUUCGGGGCCAUGAAAGACCAUGGGAGGCUGUAAAAGCUACUAGAUGGUACUUUGGAAAACGUAUAUUAAACUCCAGGAGAGGUUUACAGUUCUGCAGUAUAGUAUAUUCAAUAACCAUACUCCCAAUAAUCACUGAUAAAUCAAGCUUCCUUCUCACCCAGCAGGUGGGGACUGAGUGAGGCACUUGAAAAGGAAAAAUAUACUUGUGCAGCCAGGCAUUUAAAACAGAAAUGUCUCGUUUUCCUUCUGUGUCUGGCUUUUAAUCAGAGCUGGAAUAACUUGAAGCUGAAGCCUGGAAGGAAACAGGUGCCUCAAGCAGUAAUGCAAUGCACACAGUCUCAUCUCGGGGUGUAAAUGCACCCCUGUGGUUUCCACUCAUGAUUUAUUGCUGACAGAAAGUUCUAAAAGAGGGGGGUACUGAAUGGGGUUGGUGGAACUUUUCUCGCAAGAUUAUUAGUUGUAACCAGCUGUUGUCAUCUUUCCCUUUGCAUUUUGUCCUGCUUCGUAACAGGUUUCUAUUUUUGUUAGAAAUACAAGCGGUGAGAAUUGAAUCAGCUGUACAGUGGUGCCUCGCAAGACGAAAUUAAUUCGUUCUGCGAGUUUUUUCGUCUUGCGAAGCACGGUUUCCCAAAGUUUUCAAAAUCACCAAAGUCUUCAAAAACCUCAAAAAAGGCUACCACACCGCGUGCUAUGAGUUGCUCCUCGAAGUCACCCUGGGUAUUAACGGUUUUAAGAAAAGGGAAACAAACUUGCAAGACGUUUUCGUUUUUUUCCGUUUUUCGUCUUGCGAAGCAAGCCCAUAGGGAAAUUUGUCUUGCGAAGCAACUCAAAAAACGAAAAACUCUUUCGUCUUGCGAGUUUUUCGUCUUCCGAGGCAUUCGUCUUGCAAGGUACCACUGUAUUUCUGGUAUAUCUUUACCUGGAAGUUGCUAACACAAGAGAAAAAUGGCUAAUUGUUAAUCUUUUGAUCUGGAAGUUUGGGUUUUUGGCAGCGUGCUGGAGUCAGUUUUGUCUCUCUCUUUCUGUUUUCAUUUUAUUCUUGAUUGUCUUCAGCUAUUUUAUUACAAAAAAGAAAACACUGUCAGAAAAUGUGAGACAUUUCUACUCUGCUACCUGGGGGAAGGAUGAAAUGAAGGCAGCACUUCUUCUGCAACAGUGUAGAGCAGUGAAUUGACAUGCUGUUUCUUUUCAUGACACCAGCUAUAAUCAUCAGUUUGUUUCUGUUCUCUUUUUUUCUACAGGUCGAGUUCUUUCGCAGACCACGCCAGGGACACCUCCAAAGACGGUGACUAUCUCAGAAAGCGGCGUCAUUGGGACUACUUUAAGUUCUGCUAUACAGCAGACACCAAAUAAGAUAGCCAUUUCUCCCUUGAAGUCCCCCAACAAGGUAAAAAGGUCUAUUCAGGUUUACAAUUAUUUUGGUGUUGCUCUGAAAAUGAUCUGAAGUAGUAGGAUAUAUUCCAUUUAAACAUAUUUCACUUAUUCAAAUGUGGAAAGUGUGAGUUAAAUUCUGUUAAUCUGUAUUUACUUAAAAUGGUAGCUGAGCCUUCCAAGUGAAGAACAAGUAACCUGAGCUUCAAGCUGCCUAUUUCAACCUGUUUUUUGAGUUUGUUUGAAUACUUUAAAACCUCAAUUUCUUAUCACUACUGCUCGAUUCUCUUAAAUAGGGCUAUGUUUAAAACUUGUCAUUGAGGUUUUCAUACCUUUUUUAUAAACUUGAGGAAGCAUUUCCAGCCCUGCUCUUGAGCUUGUUUGAUAUCACUUAAAAUCUUAUAAUUUCUUUAUUUCCUUCUGAGGAAACUGAUUAGUUCAGUGAAACGAGUUUUGUAGCUGGCAUCUCGUAAAAGGUAAAGGUAAAGGGGCCCCUGACCAUUAGGUCCAGUCAUGACUGACUCUGGGGUUGCAGCGCUCAUCUCGCUUUAUUGGCCGAGGGAGCCAGCAUUUGUCCGCAGACAGCUUCCGGGUCAUGUGGCCAGCAUGACUAAGCUGCUUCUGGUGAACCAGAGCAGCGCACGGAAACGCUGUUUACCUUCCCGCUGGAGCCGUACCUAUUUAUCUACUUGCACUUUGACGUGCUUUCGAACUGCUAGGUUGGCAGGAGCAGGGACCGAGCAACGGGAGCUCACCCCGUCACGGGGAUUCAAACCACCGACCUUCUGAUCAGCAAGUCCUAGGCUCUGUGGUUUAACACACAGUUUUUGUUUAAUUCUAGUUUAUUUUUUGAUUUUUGUUAUUCUGUAGUCGAUUAUUUCUCGUUUCAGGGAUUUUCACGGUAAUUUCUUUUGUUCUGUGUAAUUUCUUGGUUCCGUGACUGUCUUUUUUUCACUGGCCUAUUUCAACCUGGGCUCGCUCAGUUGAUAGAGCAUGAGGCUCUUCAUCUCAGGGGUGCAGGUUCGAGCCCAACAUUGAGCAGCAGAUUCCUGCAUGGCAAGGGGUUGGACUAGAUGACCCUUGUGGUCCCUUCCAACUCUACAAUUUUAUGAUUUAUUUUAAUCACGUUUCAAAUGAUCCACAGCAACAAAACCUGUAAACUUACUGCCUCUGUUUCUUUUAAUGAAAUUGGAAUUUCCAAAUUACCAAACAUCUACCAGCUGAGCAAAAUUAUCGGGGGGCACUUCCUUCUUGCCAGCAGCUUCUGAUGCCUAAACUGUUGUAACUUGUUUACCAACCUGGUGCCCUGCAGCUGCUUUCAGUACCAGCCAGCAGAUGGUGGUUGUAGUCCAAAAUAGGUUGGCUCAUAACCCCCAACAGCAUGAAAAGUCUUGUGCAUUUGUAUUCUGUUCUGAUUUUGAAGCUGAACGAGCUGUAGCUGUGUGGAACUGUAUUACAGAAUGUUUUAGCCUAAGAUCUCUGAUUUGUUAAGCAGCUAACAGUGGUGUCUGUCGCCUCGCAGCCUCCAAGCUCACCCCAGAAAGCAGUUGGUGUUCCUCUAAACGUAGCCCUGGGUCAGCAGAUUCUCACGGUGCAGCAUUCAACACCAUCUUCCCCCGGAAAGGCUGUAGCUAACAAUACAACUCAGGUAUGCCGCAUUCUGGCUCUUAUUCUGAAAGCCUCACCAUCAGAGUCACAGCUCUGUGUAGUUUCAGACAUUGUUAACUGUUUAUCCAUCAAACUUUUGUGUUUGUUUUGAUGAGUUGAAAUGAUAUGCUAUUGGAAGAAAUAGCUUAAAGUAAAUUUGGUCACAAACGAGUGCUUACUGUAUCCGACAUCAUUAAUACAAAGUGAUAAUGCAUUUCAAGAGUUUAUUGAUCUGUGCUUUAAAAUGAAGCACAAGGGGGAAUAAUGCUAACUCGCUAGAAACUACUUCUUUGCCAACAAUAAAAGAGAGACUGAUAUAUUGACACCACAUAAAUAACUUUACAACUAUUUUAACAGGCUGUGAAAUCUGCAGUACAGACCCUUACUAUGGGAGGAGUGAGCACAUCUCAGUUUAAGACUAUCAUUCCCUUGGCAACAGCACCCAAUGUUCAACAGAUUCAGGUACCUGGAAGCAAAUUCCAUUAUGUCCGGCUUGUAACUGCCACAACAGCCAACAGCUCAGCACAGCCAGCCACUCAGAAUCCCAGCAUCAGCACAGCAUCUCUUCAGCAAGGUUAGUAGUCUCCAUAGUUGAAUGUUUUCACGACAGUUUUGGAAGUGCUUAACAGAAAUGCAAAUACAAAGGGCAUUAAGUAGGCAUAUGUUUAACAUUCCGUGUUCUGCUUUGUGCUGGUUGUAUGCCCACUCCCAAGUAGGAAAGGUUUCCUAAUACUUGUUUGACUAACGGUUUAGCCAUGAGUGUUCAUUGUUGAUCAUUGACCAAGAUUGGGGUAUCCCCAUUUAUCAGGCAGCCUCCCCUUCUCAGUCCCACUUCCAUUGCAAUAAUUAGGUUUUUUUAAAAGAACAGCUUCCAGCAGUGCAAAUGCAAACUAUUUUUAAAGUUCCACUUAGGGGGUGAUAUACAUUCCUUAGCCAUGAAAAGUGUCAGAUUGGAAACAUUGCUUGUUUGCCCUUAAUUUUAGGAGAUGUUGCAGAUAUAUGGUCUUUUUGUGUUGUGUUUCUUUGUUUCACUGUGACUUGUCUAGGAGUUGAUCAAGUAAAUGGUAAACAGCAAAAGUUUGAGGUGUGUGUUGUUGUUCUAUCCAAAAUUCUGAAAAAACUCGUUUAAAAUAUUUUUUUUCUAUUAAAUGAUUUCAACAUGUAAGAAUGCCAUACAAAUAGAUAAUGAAAUAUCCCACCCUAACCCGGAAGCUGGUGUUCAGGCAAUACAUACAAAAUAACAACAAAACCAAAGUGGCCCUACCUUUAGUAUACAGAGUAGGUGCAUCCUGUAAAUAUCUUUGCACAGAAAGUUACAUGUUGUGUCUCAUGUUGUUUAUUUUGAGCAGCUAAGCCAAUGGUGGUGAAUGCAACCCCCGUGAGGAUGUCUGUCCCAAUUGUUCCAGCAACGCAGGCAGUCAAACAAGUGAGUUUUGCGUCCGCCUACAUACUUAAUACGUAUUUCUGGUUUUGCACAGUUGGAAUUUCCAAAGUAACUUCUCCUGUUGAUUUGCAAAUAAUAAGAUCUCGUAUGCAAUGAAGGCAUCAUGGCGAUUUCCUUUCCUUGCAGGUGGCGCCCAAACCAAUUAGCACAACUUCGCAGAUAGUUACUACAAGCCAGCCACAGCAGAGGCUAAUAAUGCCUGCCACACCACUGCCACAGAUCCAGCCAAACCUCACCAACCUUCCCCCGGGCACAGUGCUGGCUCCAGCCCCUGGUGCAGGGAAUGUAGGCUAUGCGGUUCUCCCGGCUCAAUAUGUCACACAGGUAUGGCAUUGAUGUGGAGAUGAAAUUGACCAAAAUAUUUAACGAGUGUGUGAUGCUUUAUAGUGUAUAGAUUCUUUUAACAAAAAUGACCCACUUGGGAGUUAAGGCCAGAAGAAUUUCAGAGUAUCCAAUGUCUGUGGACACAAAAUAAGGGCUAGAAAUAAGGUAGGCAUAAUCCAUCGUUUUCUAAUCUUUGAUACCCAAGACGUUGGGCUUUUUUCUCCCGCUUUUGGACUAACUGUGGAAGCACACCGUUGUACUGUAGUGGAUACACACAUUGCCUCUCCCAAGAUGUUUUCCCCCCUGGAAUUUUCCCAGGUUGCAAGCUGUGCUGCAGGCUGCAUCAGGGCACCCUUCCACAUGGGGAGAUGUCAGUGCCCAUAUGUUGGCAGGAAAAAACCCACAGUCCUGCACAGGGCCUUCCUGCUUGAAGGACGUGGUUGCAUUUCACUUCAGCCCUUCUCUCAUCACACUAGUUUUAACCCAGCACAGUUCAGGAACUGCUGGCCUGAGGAAACUUACUGAUAGUAGCACUAGCACAAGAUGCUGCAUAUGCUUGGAACGCGUGUUGGACAGGCAAGACUCAGGAACACCUGUGGAUUGCUGCUGUCUUCCUUUGGAAAACAUGGGAUAGAAAAUUGCAUGUAGAGCAGCUGCAUAGAGGCUUACCGGUCCAAAUCAUUGAGAGUAGCCCUCUCAUGGAAAACAGCAACACCCCCCACGUUCUCCCUUGUAGCCAGAUAGUCUGGCAGAGCUGAAAGAAAUGAGAUCUUCAGUGUGACUUAAUUCAUGGAGUAGAUGGCCAGGUGGAAUUCAUUUGGUGCACUGCCCAAGCAGAUGAUGUAUCUUCUGCCAGAAAAAGAGAUUAGGAAGAAUUUACCCCACCAGCAAUUAAAAUACAAAGCAUGCAAGAAAGAAGGAGCCUUUCAACAUGGAUGGAAAGAGGAAGGACCAUUGUUAGCCAUCAUGACAGCUGAGAAGAGAUGGUUGCCAAAAUGAUGAUACUCCGGUUUUGUAAAUGCACAAUCUCAUUCCAGACAGCUUGGAGGAUUGCUUUGAACUAAAGCUGAGUUCCAACUGUUCCCAAAUAAAGCUGAAAAUGAAAGAUCUUUGCUGGAAAAAUCAGACUUCUCUCUGGAGUGUAAGGUUCAAGUGCAUUCUAAGAACUAAAUAAUAGAAGAUUAUGGACCGCAUGGAGAUGAGCGGAAAAUAAUUUUAAUAACAGAGAACAAGAGUAAAAUCCCUUUAACUACAUUUAUGGGGAAAUGAGAAUGUGGGAUUCUGAAUCUAAAAACAAUAAAAUGGCUGGAAAAGCAAGGGCAACUGAUGAAAUUUAUUUUAGGUAUUAACCCACCAUCACUAUGCCUCAAGGCCAUGAAGGUCAUCAGAAAUUCAUCUGGUUAACAAAAGGGUGUUGCCGGGGAGACGUAGGACCUCAGCUGUCUUCCUCUUUGAAAAUUUCUCUGCUUCUCCAAAGGAAGCAGGCAUGAGGGAUUUUUCAGCUUGCAAACAGCUUUCCUAGCUAACGCAGUCCUAGCAGAAACUCGUCUGCAGGUGGUUCCUGUCCCUAAGGUGGAGAGAGUGGUGAAAAGCAGAGAGCUGAUUGCACAAGAAGGUGAUUUCUUAUGGCCAAUAUGUAGCAUGUUAAUGGUUUUGUCACUAGAAAAGGUACAAGGAAAAGCUAUGUAAAUUGACAUUCCCUCCGCCACUUUUUCAACUUCACUACCAUGCAUUCUGAAUCAAAAUAGGAUACUAGUUUUCCAUAAUUCCUAGUUUUCCAUAGAUAAUUUCUGCUGAUACCACAAAAUGAGUUCCAGCGGUUCUCUUUCAGGUGUGUGAAAAUCCCCAUAUAGUUUAGCAACAUCAAAAAGAUCAAAAGAAAAGCGUAUGCUGCUUUGACAGGCUCUUUGGCAGGCAUAGGCAAACUCAGCCCUCCAGAUGUUUUGGGACUACAAUUCCCAUCAUCCCUGACCACUGGUCCUGUUAGCUAGGGAUCAUGAGAGUUGUAGUCACAAAACAUCUGGAGGGCUGAGUUUGCCUAUGCCUGCUCUUUGGGCUAUAUAAUAGUGCAGCUAUGGAUGAAUUCUAAUGGGAUUAUAAAUGGAAAAACCGGUCUAUGUAUUUCCCAAAUAAAGUUUUUUCCUACUAUUUGUUAUCUGACCAUGAAACUUAGGCAUGAGAAAUUGAAGGCGCUUUGACAACAUAAACUUCUAAUCAGGUGUAAUAUUUUAAUUUAACUCUCAACAGACUUUUAGUCAAAUGGAGUGUUAUGGUUCCUGAAUUUUUUGAUCCUGUCACAAAAAAGUGUGGUGCUAUGAGACAUUAUUGUUAUUUUAAUGUUUAGACAGGUUUUUAAUCUAGUUACAACAGUCCUCUUAGAACAGUGUAUCAUAAGAGGUGUGAGGCUUCCAUUAGCACUAGAAAAUUAGGUACACAUUAAACAUGAGGUUAUAAUCCAGUUUCCAGGACAAAAGCCCUCCAGUCUAAAAAUAGUAGUGAACAUCUUCUUCUGACUCUUAAUGACGGAAUAAAAAGUGUUUGGCCAGCUAUUUGCGCAAGUACUAAUCUGCAAAGGGUAUGUCAUGUACCGACUUCGUGUUCUGACUUUGUGAAUUUAUUUAUUUUUAGCUACAGCAGUCAUCCUACGUAUCAAUAGCAAGCAAUGCCAAUCUUAGUGGGACAUCUAGUAUCCAGACCCAAGCCCGCCUGCCAUUCAAUGGGUGUGUAUUGUGUAGAUGUGUUUUAAGUAAUCAUUGCACAGCUUGGAAAGACAGAGGAUUGGGAGAAAUAUUUGGAGUUGUUCAGUGUUCAGCUGCUGAAGUGGUAGGUCAUCUGCCUUGCAUGUACGAGGUCUCUGGUCUCAGAAUAUCCAAAUAGGGUUGAUAUUUUGCUUGGUCCUAAAAAGAUACUGCCCAACUGUGAAUUUUUGCAGAUUUUUUUUUUCCUUAUGUGCCAGCCUAGUUACAUUUUGCUUUAUAUGAAACCAGAGUCUUAAAAUAGAUAAAGAUCUUACAGAUGUAAAAACAAUUCUCUCUCCCCAUAAAAACUAGCUAAAAUUAUUUAAAUCCUACCCAGGUUCCAAAAGGAAAAGUAAUCCCACAAGAGUAGGGCAGGCACAUCAAACACCUCUGCAUAUAUUUUUAUUCCUAAUGAAGAGACUGAACAAUCUUGGUCAACCGUAUUGUUUCUGGUGGUUUGUUUAUAUGGGGGUAGUACAGUAGAUCCCAAAUAUCUGGGCACACUUUGUUGUUACACCUGAAAAAAUUAAUGUUAGAAUGUGGAAGAGUAAGACUUCCGACUGCUUUUUGAAGAGCCCAAUACCUUUCCCUCCCUAUGCAUGAGUCACUGAUAUGGGCAUGCCUGCUUAACUGAAAGGACACAGCCCCAAAGAAGCAACUUUUAGGGAGACACAGCAGGAAACAGCAUCAUAAGGCCAGGUGAAUUUGCUGAGUCUUUACUCAGUGACUGAAUGAUCCACUUACAGCUGAUGCUCAUGCAAAGCAGAAUAACUAGCCCCUGACAAACUAAGCAGAAGAAAGCAAUGCCAGAGCAGGCGAUCAUUCAGAGAAGCAGUAGAUAACCUCUGUUAUGCAUUGACACAAUGGACUUAAAGGACAGUUAAACUGAUUUUUUUUUUAAUCCUGAUGCAGUAGCAUUUUCCUUUUGGCACCACAGUUUGGGAAUUACUUUUCUGAUAAGUCAUUUGGUGGAACCACUUGCUCUGGAGGCAUUUAAGAUGCUCCUGCUCUCUGAUCUUGGCACAAGGUGGGCUAGGUUGUGUAGUCUGAACUGUGGGGAACAGAUGGGUCAGUGUUCGCAGUAUUGUUAUUGCACAUCUCAAAUUAUGCAAUAGCUAAUCAACAUUUUGUCCUUUGGGCCAAAAAAUGACUGAAGUCAUUAAAACUGUUUUACAGAAUAAUUUCCUCCGAAUCGGCAAAUCGCCCCAGAAAGCCAUGCAACUGUACAAAAUCACUGUGUCUUAAGCUGUAAGUAUAGCUGUUUUACUUUUUACCAUCUUGAAAUGUUAAAAGUAAAACCCUGUUUUUCCAUCAGCAAUAAAGUGGAUGCAUCACAGCAGAGGUAGCUAAAAUCGUAUUGGGCUCCCAGCACAGCCACUGCUCAGGGUUGUGGUCUAGCAGCACGUUAAACCCGUUACAGAUAAAAUCUUGUGUUAGAGGAAGAUCAAGUAGAGGCCACAUUUCCCAGAGAUUUCAUAUUUAAGGUGGUUAUCUUAAUCUCACUGCGGUAGAGACUAUCUUUUGCAUUUUAGACUUGGAUAAAACCUGCGCACUGCUGCUGAGAUCCAUGUGCAUGAUAGGAUGAGGCCUCCUUGUGUAGUGAUGUGUUCUUGAGAUCAAUAUAUGUGAGUGGGCAAAGAGGCUAAACGACGUUGCCUGCAACACAUCCUGGUUGGCUUUGUAGGAAGUUCAAGCAACUUUUCAGUAUGCUGAAUGCAAGCUCCUCCCAGUUCUAAUUUAAUGGCUACUAAGUUGAAGGGGAUGCGGGUGGCACUGUGGGUUAAACCACAGAGCCUAGGGCUUGCCGAUCAGAAGGUCGGCGGUUCGAAUCCCCAUGAUGGGGUGAGCUCCCGUUGCUCGGUCCCAGCUCCUGCCAACCUAGCAGUUUGAAAGCACAUCAAAGUGCAAGUAGAUAAAUAGGUACCACUCCAGCGGGAAGGUAAACGGUGUUUCCGCACGCUGCUUUGGUUUGCCAGAAGCGGCUUAGUCAUGCCGGCCACAUGACCCGGAAGCUGUACGCUGGCUCCCUCGGCCAGUAAAGUGAGAUGAGCGCCGCAACCCCAGAGUCGUCCGCAACUGGUCAGGGGUCCCUUUACCUUUUCAGUUGAAGGGGGGAAAGGCCUGCCCUUUCCUUUUCCUUCAGGGCCAAGCCACACUAGCUUUCUUCUUUGUGGGUGGAGUGUUGGAAGCCCUUUCUCUCCAGAGUUGCAAAGCCCCCGUGGUUCUGGCCUUGGGAUUUUUUUUCUCCGCGAAACUUGUGACAACAAAGUUUGAGAGUUGCUGUUAAACCCACUUGGAAGGCUGAUCUGCCUGCCGUGAGUGUGGUUGGAGGAGCCAUGCAACCCCUUGCAAUCCACCCUUGUUGUGCAGUCCUUGUGGGCGUUUUGUGUUCAAGCUUCACACGAGAUUUCCCUUUCAGGUACUGUGAUUGCUUUGCCAAUGGCGAGUUCUGCAACAACUGCAACUGCACAAACUGCUAUAACAAUCUGGACCAUGAAAAUGACAGACAGAAAGCAAUCAAGGUAAAGCUCUUCUCUAAAACAAAACCAAACCUUGACAAAAAGAUUUUUGUCUUUUGUGACCGGAUGAAAUGGUGUCUGCCAGUUCUUCCUGUGAAAGACUGGGUUUGCGUCUCCAGCACUUGCAUGUGGUGAUGGAUUUUUUUGCAUCUGCCUUGCUAGGCCUGCCUUGACAGAAACCCAGAAGCCUUCAAGCCUAAAAUAGGGAAGGGGAAGGAAGGCGAGUCGGACAGGCGGCACAGCAAAGGUUGCAACUGCAAGCGGUCUGGAUGUCUCAAAAACUAUUGUGAAUGCUACGAGGUAGGACCCAAAGUCUGCUGUAUUUCUCUCUCAGUACUUUUUUGUCACUUCCCUUCCUGGUUCAUUCUCACAGCAUCUCCAUGGUGGUUCCGUUUUUAUUUUUUUUAACACACACUUAUAUUAGGCUCAUAAAUGUUAUGUGAAAUACUAAUACAAUGGUACCUCUGGAUGCGAACGGGAUCCGUUCCGGAGCCCCGUUUGCAUCCUGAAGCGAACGCAACUCGCAUCUGCUCGUGGACGGGUCGCGAUUCGCCGCUUCUGCACAUGCGCGUGACGUCAUUUUGAACAUCUGCGCAUGCGCAAGCGGCGAAACGCGGAAGUAACGCACGGAGCGCAACCCUAAAAUAUUCAUCCCGAAGCUACAGUGGUGCCUCGCAAGACGAAAUUAAUUCGUUCCGCGAGUCUUUUCGUCUUGCGAUGUUUUUCGUCUUGCGAAGCACGGUCCGUCGCAACUGCGCCUCUUCAAGCGGCUUUAAGAAAAAAGCGAACAAACUCGCAUGACGUUUUCGUCUUGCGAAGCAAGCCCAUAGGGAAAAUCGUCUAGCGAAGCAACGCAAAAACCGAAAAACCCUUUCGUCUAGUGAGUUUUUCGUCUUGCGAGGCAUUCGUCUUGCGGGGCACCACUGUACUUCAAUCCAAGGUAUGACUGUACCUCGGGUUAUAGAUGCUUCAGGUUACAAACUCCACUAACCCAGAAAUACAACCUCAGGUUAAGAACUUUGCUUCAGGAUGAGAACAGAAAUCAUGCAGCGGGAGGUCCCAUUAGCUAAAGUGGUGCUUCAGGUUAAGAACGGACCUCCAGAAUGAAUUAAGUUCUUAACCCAAGGUACCACUGUAUCCCUAUUUUAAAUCCAAAGCUAUCUUCAGCCACAGGAAACCUCUUAAAUAAAAAUUCCUUCAGUGCUUCUGGAAAAGACCCAGGCUCUGACUUUGGGCAACCUCCACAGGGAAAGCAGUUCAGAGCCAGGAAGUAGCUUAACAAAGGCAUUCUGCCAUGUUUCUGCUUACUGUGUAACAUCCAUAUAACUUCAAGAGCCCCUUGCGGACAUGACUUCUACCUAUAUGAAAAUGGGAGAAUGAAAAUCUCCAGUAGUUGAAGGAUUUUAUCCCCUAAUUUUGCAGCAUAAUGAAAGAUCAGUGAUGCACUAUUGCAGAUUAGGCAGUCAUAUUUAUCCGGCUGAUGUUGCACUGACAGGUGUGUGCUAAACAGUAAUCAUUUUGAAUACACGAAUAAAUCUGUGAUUUUACAACACAUAGCAAAACAAUACCUCAAAGACCGCCUCUCCCCAUAUGAACUGAUCUGGACCCUGUGAAAAUCAUCUGAGGCCCAUCUUCCUGUGCCUCCUCCACAAGAGGCCCGGAGGGUGGCAAAAUGAGAAUGGGCCUUUUAUGCAGUGGCUCCCGAUUUGUGGAAUGCUCUCCCCAGGGAGGCUCGCCUGGCGCCUUUGUUACAUAUCUUUAGUGCCUGGCAAAAAUUGUUCCUCUAUAACCAGGCUUUUAAUAUUCUAUGGUCUUUCUGCAGGGCCUGCAAGACAACAGCUGUUCUGCCUGGCCUUUGGUUUGGACUUAGUUUGACCCUUAUGUUUUCCUCCCCUUAUGGUUUUGAUCUAUGGGCUACUAUUAAAAUGAGGCUGCAUUUUAAAUUGUAUUUUUAACCUGUAUUUUAAAUUGGUCCCCCCCCCCCAUUAUGUUUUUAUUGUAAUUUUACUGGUGUUAGCCUCCCUGAGCCCGGCUUUGGCCGGGGAGGGCAGGGUAUAAAUAAAAAUUUUUUAUUAUUAUUAUUAAACGUGUUUCUAGAAAGGGUUUGUUGUGCUUUUCUUUUAUUAUGUAUUUUGUGUUCUCAUUUCGUAUUUUUAUGUUGCAAACUGCGCUGUGAACUUUGGAUGAAGGGUGCUAUACAAAUUAAAUAAAUGAAUGAAUAGGCUUUUGUUUUUCUCCUGUUCAGGCAAAGAUCAUGUGUUCUUCAAUCUGCAAAUGUAUCGGCUGCAAGAACUUUGAAGAAAGCCCAGAGCGGAAGACGUUGAUGCACUUGGCUGAUGCUGCUGAAGUGCGAGUCCAGCAACAAACUGCCGCAAAGACAAAGUUGUCCUCGCAGAUUUCAGACCUGCUGACAAGGCCAGCCCCGGUGUUGACCAGCGGAGGGGGAAGGUGUGCUUACUUCCAUUUUGUUGAUGUCAUGCAGUCUCUUCUGUGCUGUUAAAAAAAUUAGUGCUGUAGGUUGAGAGAAAUAGAGGGAGGGCAUGGAAAUAACCUUUGGGCAGCAGAGUGCCUCCUCCUGCCUCACUUGCCUGGGCUCCUAUUUUAUUCUGCUGCUCCUGCAAUUGCUAGACAUGGAACAAGUACAGUGGUACCUCUGGAUCCAGAAGCAAACGUAUCUAGCGACGGCACAUCUGCGCACUCGCACAUUGCUUUUCGCCGCUUCUGGGCAUGCACGUGAUGUCAUUUUGAGCGUCUGCGCAUGCGCAAGCGGCGAAACCCAGAAGUAACGCACUCCGUUACUUCCGGGUUGCCGCGGAGCGCAACUCGAACGCGCUCAACCUGAAGCGCAUUCAGCCCGAGGUAUGACUGUACAUAGUACUACACAUUAAUGGGUGUCUGUACAUGCUGUUUCCCUGCCUUUUCCCUUUAGCUUUUAAGGGCUUUAAACCCCUUUAAACCUGGAGGGAGGGAUCUGUGGAAAUGAUGAACGAAAGUCAUUGUCAGCCUGGAUUUAUAAAGACUGUGGAGAAAAAGAAAAGCACAUUGCUAUUCACGCGUAAGUGUGUGUUUGAGGAACUGCAUCUGAUCUUCCUUGCUUUUACAGAUAGAUACCUUGAGACUUAAUUUAGGAAAAAAAGGAGUCUGAUUGUCAAGUUAUAAUGCGCUAUGGCUUGUUCUUGUUUUCUUCUAGGUUGCCAUUUACGUUUGUAACGAAGGAAGUUGCCGAAGCGACGUGUGACUGCUUACUUGCGCAGGCGGAGCAGGCCGAGAAGGCAGGGAAGUCGAAGGCAGUAGCAGAACGGAUGAUUCUGGAGGAGUUUGGACGUUGUCUGAUGAGAAUCAUUAAUUCGGCAGGAAAGUCCAAAAGCGACCCUUGUGCCAUGAACUGCUGA